AAGAUGGAUGGGGGACACGUGUUUAAUAGCUGUGCGUGUGAUUGGGAAAUAACCCAGGUGAAAUAAGCAGUGGGUGCGUCUGUGAAUGAUUGGGACGGGGAUCUGCAGUCUUGGACAAGUUGAGAGUGAGAGGCAGUGACUGCCAGCAGUGGGUGAUGGAGGCAGGUAGAGUUGGUGAUAGAUUCACACGGCUAGCAAAAGGCUCAAGAUUCCAGGAUGGGUCACGGGAGUCUACAGACAAAUUCCAUCUCGGAUGCCACAAUGAAAUUAAAGCAACACAUCGCAUUGAGCCAAUUACCCAAAGAUGGAAUUACAGGACAUCAUGAGAUAUCUAAAACUACACAAACUUUUAAAUUUUACCAGGCAAGGCUCACUGAGCUAUGUGGCUCUUUGUCAGUAGCGACCUGGCUAUUACAAAUGAGAGCACAAUGAAGCGGCUUGUGUGGAAAUUGAUUGCAGCCAAAAACUAAAAACGCGUGAUGUUGAUUAUAAAUGUAGAGGGGACAAUCGGAGGACCCAGAUACAAAUUCACGCUAUCAAGGGGAGACAGAUAGAGAGACACAAACUCUAAAUAUAAAGCAGUCAUAAGGCGAGAGUGAUAACUUCUCCUAGAGACUGUGGCAUGCAACCCAUUGCUCUGUCUUACCAUAGACAUAAACUUGUGCGCUAAGCUUUGGAAGGAUAACUUUAUCUCUCGAUGCUCAUUUCACGAAUCAGCCAUCACAGCUGAACCUCUACGACUUAUAUUAGCAACUAAUUUUUUUUUUUAAGUUCCUCUGAUACAUUUUGUUCAUGUAGCGGUGUGUACAGUAUCCGUGUUUAGGCUGCUGUUUGCGCACCUCGGGGCGCGGGUUCACAUUCCAGGCAGUGUCUCGUGAUGUCAGUGACGACAAUUAAAAUAUUGUAAGCAUUUUACUUCCUUCACCGUCGCUAUAAGAGAGAGGUCCUGGUCCAGCGUCUCUCUGAGCCACACAGCGAGCGAUCACAGCGAAGCCAAUGGGUCAUGGCGAGCGCGACUCCAAGUGAGAGUGCGGAUAGUGAGCUGCGCUGCCCCAUCUGCCUGGACACGUUCGACUGCCCCUCUACACUGAGCUGCGGACACUCGUUCUGCAUCCGGUGCCUGGAGGCCACCUGGGAGACGGCGAGCAGCUUCAGCUGCCCGCAGUGCCGAGCGACCUUCCCUGUGCGACCUCAGCUGAUGAAGAACGUGGCCCUCGGGAAACUGGUGGAGCAGCUCAGAGUUGGAGACGGGAUGGCCGUAGCCGUCGUCAUGUGUGACAUCUGCAGUGAUGGCCACACUCCUGCAGUGCAGACCUGCCUAAGAUGUGAGAUGUCCUACUGUGCGAUGCACGCGAGGCCUCAUGUAGAGAAUCCCAGGCUGAGAGACCACGUCUUGGUGUCUCCCACUGCGAACCUGGAGGAGCGACGGUGCCGGGAGCACAGACAGGAGCUCAUUCUUUACUGUGUGCAGGACGAGAGCCCGGUCUGCCCAGUCUGCCCCGUGGCAGGAGACCACUCCAGGCACAGGGUCAUCACGGUGGAAAAAGCACAACAGACAAGACAGGUGAAGUGUCAUGUUCUGUUGUAAUCCACAUUGUUACAGGAGGUUGAGAGAUUCACAUCAGCAGGUCAUUACCCCUCACCUCGAGCAGGUGAGCUCCUGUUGAGACCAAACGCCCCUUUACAGGGAGACCCAGGUAGAGGUAGCAGGGAGGCUCAGAUGUCGGAAUGC